GUCCCAAUCCCUGAAGGAUGUGGCUGCAGUUCAGCUUUCCGCCUCUUAUUAAUACCGAUUGCGACUUGAUAAUUUCCUAGUUCAAGGAUGCACGCACAGGAAGAAGAGUUCCAGUAGGGGUUAGAGAGCAUGAGCGUGCUGGAAAACACACACGCCAAUGCCAUCCAGCCUCGGAAACGUUUAGUGUUCCCCUGCACCUGCAGGUUGACCCGAAAAUAGAUUAGCGCACUAGUAUUGCAUUCGACCAGUUCCUAGCCUUCCUACCCGUGCACUAUUAUCGUGUAGUCUCUCAGGCACGUAGAUCUACGGCGUUCCCAACUCCGAACAAUAGAUUCCAAGUCAAUCGGAAUGUAUUGAUUGAUCUUUAAUGCACAGUUGUUGGUGUUCGCGACCAGAACCCGUUGAGGACCGUUGCAAGCAGAGAUCAGUACGUCGAAGUGUCCGCUACUUCCGACAAGAACGGCAUGAAUGCUCGCUUGUUAGUUGAUAUUGGCUUGGCUAGCUGUAGGCAGUCGCGUCAAGUACGUGUGGCAGCCACGGGUGCAGAGUACACUUCUGUAGCAGUUCGCAUUGCCGAAGUUGCAAACAGGGAAUGCGCCACGAGCACAUUCGCCCUGGACACAAAGCAAUAACGUGAAUGUGUCGUGGGCUCGCAGUUAGUAAACUGCAGCGCGUUCCCGAAGUAGCAGAUCGAUCUGUGUGCCCGAACUAGCGCCCGUCAGCUGUGCAAUCCGGUGGGUGCUAAAAUCUCCGAGAAGGACGCAACGGCCACGGGUGACGUGGGAGAAGAGACUCAAUUCUGCGGGGAGUGCGUGUUUAUUCUGCUGCUGGUGCUUGGGGCAUGCAAUCCAGGGUACUCGCCGCAGCAGUUCGUAGCAGCAACGAGCAAGUGAGAGAUAAACUGCAAUUUAGGACGUGAAUUGAUUAGUGUUUCGUGAGCGCUAGUGAGGAAACAAGCAAGGAUAGUCUGGGUAUUUCUCUCGCUGCUGCCCCGAUUAUUCCAACCACAAGCUGAAUCUCACAAGAACCCCCAGACAACUAGCAGUACCUCUGACAGUUCUUGCUAGCAGCAAACAUAAUGUCCGUUUCAGGUUCAUUGCCACUGCAGCGUCAGUCCAGCCUUGCCGGCAAUGGCCGAAGUAACUGCCGAGGUUCCUGCGUGCCACAGGAUAAGGACUCCCUGAUCCGCUACAGCCGUGCGGUGCGUCGCCUCCACGACCGACGCCUAGCCCAAGUGACCCAAGAGCGAACAACUAGCAUAGUUGCAACAUCACCAACAACUCAACCAGCGCCAGCAGUGGGAGUAAUACCACGAAGACUAGCCAGCAGCUGUUCUGUUGAUGAUAGGCGAUCAUCAUGGCACGUUGAGAGUACGAGAGACCUACACACCUCCAUUGCAGUAUCACCAAUGUCCAUAGACGAUGGACGGGAUAGUUUGGAUUGGCCCGCCGCAAGCACCGUCGAAUGCCGAAAGCCGCGAGAGCGGUUUGCCUCGACUCAAUGUCUGACCUCUCCGUUGUCGGAGAAGCCCCCACUGGUCCAACAGCGGCAGCCGGAGGAUACGCGUAGUAACGUGUCUUGGACGCCAUUGGGACGAAAGGCUAGGUUCUCCAGUUUCUGGUCGCUCAGCUCCGCGCGCAGUGCUUCGGAGGAGUGCCUUGUCCGCUGUACCAGUUUCAACAACCUCAAAGACAACGACAGUGGAAUGGUGAUGGAACCACCAUGUCACGUGAGGGCGACUUCGGCAGAUCAAACGCGUGAAAACGAUCCAGACACGUCCAGCAACGUGUCAGUACGUGUCAGUCGCCGGAACUACGCUACAUCGCGUCUGACACAGUCACAGUCGCAGCACCGUCUCUCGCUGGAUCUGGAACGUCGCCAGAACGUAACGAAAGCCAUGAGCUGGGUUCGAGAGCAAAUGCAAGAAAUCCACGAGACGAAUCAGCUUCUCGCACAGCAAAUGUCUACCAUGUUGGGCAGCGUGAAGUCACUGAAGCAGGAGCUGGAGGAGGAGGAGGAGGAAGAGGUGGACGUUGACGACGCAUUCCAGGAUGAAUCGUUUUACUUUGGAGAGGGAGACGAGCAGGAUAGCAACCAUGACAACGACGAGGAUAGCUUCUCGUCCGACCUAUGAUAGUUAAGUUGUCAUCAUGAGUAUUUGGUGGCAACGGCAUGAUCCAGUGUGAGGGACAUCGGGUACAUAACAAUUCCCCGAUGUGAAUACUUUGAGUUCCCAUACCAGCAAGUAGAUUAAAAGGAUAUCAUUGAUGAACUGACUAUGGUCGUUUGUCAUCUGAUAAGCAGUACUUUGAAGGAGGAGCAGAAGAAUGCAGGCUUGUUUAUUUAAAAAAGAAAGAUAAAAGCCUGCAUUCUCCUCCUCCUCCUUCCUUCUCUGCUUUAGUCCAACUCCUUAUCUUUUUCUCACACAUCCGCACUGGCUUGCUCGCACUUGGCUUCACUAAAGUGCAAUGGACUCUUAUAAAAAUGCUGAAGUCAAGUACCCACGAGUACGUACCCACCAUUCAGACAACUCAAUAUUAACUUACACUAGUAGAGGGUCAACUGUCAUUUGUAGCGUGUUUCAGUGGCUAAUCAUUAUUUUAAACUGCUUCGAAUUAUGACCAAUGCAUUUCCGUUACAACUGGGCCUCAAUACAAUAGAUAACAUAUUUUCUGAUGAUCGCCUUGUGCAUAAGACUCGGAGUAAGACACUUUUUCAUCAUCUUUUUGUUUAUUUGAACCAGCUCUGCCUUUCGGUAUGGAGCACUGUUGGACAGCCUGGAACCUCUCUGUUUUAUAGAUAACAUACGCGUAACCAGGAGACUCUGUCACCGAAUACAUUCACAAAGAUUUUAUCAUCAGAUCCUACAAUUAUUUUUUUGUGGUUUUCUCUACCGCUUGUGUUCCGUAAUGUCGUCAAAAUUUCGCCAUUUCCAACUUACCUGUCCGACCAAUUUUGGUUGCUUGAUAUCACAGUUAUGAAGGGGUGGCUAGUAAGUAUAGAACUGUGCAUGAAGUUAAUGUCCAUUCGUUUUGAUUGGACGUGAACAUUAUAAUUUAUCAGUCUGGGCCCAGCUACUUCUCAACUCUCUUUUUUCUUGCAUACCAGUGACCAUCCCUCUCACCGUUUCUC